AUGGCAGGAGACCAGGAACAAUUGAGUCACCACGACAACGGACUGGGGGCAGAUUUGAGGGACCAGUUGAACCAGCGAAAUGCUCAGAGCCGGGAGUAUGAAACAGCACCGCCGGUGACACCACCGAUGGACCGACAGCCGCCUCAGGUGCAGCUCACCUCGGAGCAACUCCACGCGAUCGGACGUGCCUUCGCCGAGGCAAGCCGGGAGCUAUACCGGGAUCUGCGAGACAACCGCACGGCCACCUACGCGGAAGCCGUACACUUGGCCAACAAGAGGGCCAACACGGAGCAGGCUAUGAAACACAAACGACAACGCGAAGUCGGAGGGUCCGCCAGUGGGAAGAGAACGCGAGCCGAGACCAAGGAAAGGCUCCCAGAAGUGACCCGGCGACCCGAAGCCAGGCGGCCAUACGACCGGCCCGUCGUGCACCCAUACCGGCCGGUCCCCGAACAGCCAGUGCACGAAAUACAAGCAGUCGCCCCGCCUGUGCCGACUGACGACCACGCGGUAAGCGAUGAUACAGGUAAGACCUCUAAAUACUGUCGCUACCACAAAUCUUACACCCACAGCACGGAAGAGUGUUUCUACUUGAAGAAGAUCAUAGAGGCUAUCAUCCAACAAGGGACCCCGCCCCCUAACCAGUGGAGGCGAAGAUCGGCGAACCGGGAGGAUCGAGACCCCGCCGCCGCCGCGGAGAGCGGUCGGGGCAAGCAGCCGGCUACUGAGGAAGAUGAGGCACAGUGGCUUCAGAAGCCGGUUAUCAACAUGAUAGUCGGUGAACCGGAAGGCGGUGACUCAGCAAACACUCGAAAGGCCUGGGCUCGGCAGUUGUAUGUCGGGACGGCGUACGGGCGUGAGGAGAGCUUCAAGAAGGUAUGCCGGGAGCCCAUCACUUUCACUGACAAAGAUUUACCCACAGGAGAAACACCGCACCGCGACGCGCUGGUCAUAGCGAUGGAUAUCAGUGGGGUAGUCGUUCGCCGGAUCCUGGUUGACACCGGAAGCAGCGUCAACGUGCUAUACCUCGAGACUUUUACCAAAAUGGGACUGACCCGAGAAUAG